AUGGAUUAUCGGAAGCUCAAUAGUGCCACAUGCAAAGACCAUUUCCCUAUGCCUUUUAUUGAUCAAAUGCUUGAUCGGAUAGCGGGGAGGUCAUUCUAUUUCUUUCUUGAUGGAUAUUCCGGUUACAACCAAAUCUACAUAGCAUUGGAGGAUCAAGAGAAGACAACAAUAACUUGCCCUUAUGUAACAUUUGCCUUUAGCCGGAUGCCGUUUGGUUUGUGCAAUGCUCCAGCUACAUUUCAAAGAUGCAUGAUGUCCAUCUUCUCCGACAUGCUGGAGGAUUUUCUAGAGGUUUUCAUGGGCGACUUUUCGGUGGUAGGUGACUCUUUUGAGAAUUGUCUCAACAAUCUUAGACAAGUUCUUAAGAGAUGUGAGGAGACCAACCUUGUUCUCAAAUAG